CACAAACACACUCUCUUCUUAUAAAAAACACAUUGCUCUUGAAUUUUCAAUCCACCAAAAUUUCUCAGCCCCCUUUUCUGUUCCCAUAUCCCUCUCACCCUUCUGUUUCCCUCUCACACCACACUCUCAUGGAGUUCCUCUCAUUAAUCUACACCAUUCCAGCUUUCUACAUCUUUUGCCUGAUCUGGAGGUUGUUCAAUCAGAGAAGGAACCAAGAAUGCUACAUACUAGACUACCAAUGUUACAAGCCAACCGAUGACAGAAUGCUGGGAACAGAGUUCUGUGGUAAAGUCAUCAGAAGAACAGAGAAUCUUGGUCUCAACGAGUACAAGUUCCUCCUCAAAGCCAUCGUGAGCUCCGGCAUAGGUGAACAAACCUACGCGCCAAGAAACGUUUUCGAUGGCCGCGAAGCGAGUCCAACAUUGGAAGAUGGAAUCUUAGAGAUGGAGGAGUUUUUCAACGACAGCAUAGCAAAGCUUCUUCAAAGAACAUCAAUUUCACCCUCUGAAAUCGAUGUUCUUGUAGUGAAUAUCUCCAUGUUUGCGGCGGUUCCUUCUCUAUCUUCUCGCAUCAUCAACCGCUACAAAUUGAGGCACGACAUCAAGGUUUACAAUCUCACUGGCAUGGGAUGCAGUGCUAGCUUGAUUUCUGUGGACAUUGUGCAGAACAUUUUCAAAACCCAGAAGAACAAGUUGGCUCUGUUGGUGACUUCAGAGUCUCUCAGUCCGAAUUGGUAUAAUGGGAAUGACAGAUCAAUGAUCCUUGCAAAUUGUCUCUUCCGCUCUGGUGGGUGUGCUAUGAUCUUGACAAACAAGAGAUCCUUGAAGGAAAAAGCCAUGUUGAAGUUGAAAUGCUUGGUGAGGACCCAUCAUGGUGCAAGAGAAGAGUCUUUCAGUUGCUGCGUUCAGAAGGAAGAUGAACAGGGGAGGCUUGGUUUUCAUCUUGGGAAAACUCUCCCAAAAGCAGCAACAAGGGCUUUUGUCGAUAAUUUAAGAGUUAUGGCACCGAAAAUUCUCCCAUCAAGGGAGUUGUUAAGGUUUCUUGUUAUCUCCCUCAUCAAGAAAUUGAAGAUCACCAGUUCCACUAAGUCUUCUAGUGGUGGAGCUACUAAAUUUACUAAAUCACCAUUGAAUUUCAAAACUGGGGUUGAUCAUUUUUGCAUUCACACAGGAGGGAAAGCUGUGAUUGAUGGAAUUGGAAUGAGCUUGGAUCUGACUGAGCAUGAUCUUGAGCCUGCAAGGAUGACACUCCACCGUUUUGGUAACACUUCAGCUAGCAGCCUCUGGUAUGUGCUUGGGUACAUGGAGGCAAAAAAGAGGCUCAAGAGGGGUGAUAGGAUUUUCAUGAUUAGCUUUGGUGCAGGGUUCAAAUGCAACAGCUGUUUGUGGGAGGUGAUGAGGGAUCUAGGGGAUGCAAAUGUUUGGGAUGGUUGCAUUGAUGAUUAUCCACCAGAGUCACUGGCCAACCCUUUCAUGGAGAAGUAUGGUUGGAUCAAUGAUGUUGAGGAUGAAAACAGCAUUGAACUCCCAGAUUUUCUCAAGUGAUUAAGGUUUUAUCUAGCUCCAAAAUCUUCUGUCUCUAUUUAGGGUCUUAUUUUCUGUCUCAUCAAUUAAAUUAUGUCAUC